UCUCAUCCAAACAAAUCUGACAUUAGUAUUAUUUCCAGUUUUUUUGUCAAAAACAUUUUGUCAAAAAUUAAAAGUUGAGAUAAUGUGGUAAAGCGUUAACAUUGAAUCCAUUGCGGCACCAAAUGAACGUGUACCAUGACCAAGCAACGAGCCUCGAGUAAAGCGAAGAACGUGGACAGUACGGUGAAGAUCAAACGCGAUGGUAAAGGUAUAUCCAGGACCGGCCGCAUCACCAACAACCCCUUCCUGAAUUUCCUGCGCGAGAUGCGCAAGAAAACGAUGGGCCUGUCCCCCACUGAGCUCUCAUCCAAAGGGGCGGAAAUCUGGAGGAACAUGACCAAGUCCGAGAAGGAGCCGUACUGCCUGCUGGCCAGGCAGGCCCGCAGGCGCAGGAAGUCGCGCAGGAGGCGCAGGAGACGCGGCAGAGGUCGCAGCCGCACCAGGUCCGUGUCCUCUGAUAGUCAGGCGGACAGCUUCGUCGAGGCGAGGCGCGGCAGGAAGAGGUCCAGACGCAGGAGGGGGCGCUCCAGGAGGCGCAGGAGAUAAAGACGGAAACGUUGCAGGAUUUGUGUGAAAAUUUUCGUGUAUUUUGUAAAUAGAACAUUUGAAAAGUAAAGUAUUAUGUUUCAUCCUGA